AUGAAAGUGAUACUCUUUGUACUCCUUAUUAUCACACUCUCUCAGGGUAAAAGGAAGUCCAAGAAGAGAGAAAGUCCACCAAAUAAUAAGCAAAAGAAAGAGAAUAAAGGGCAACUAACUACAACAAGAAAGACUGGCAAAAGUGUUCAAAUAAGUGGCAAAGGGAAAAAAGGUUCUUUAAGUAUCAAAGCAGAGCGUAGAGACAAGAACACAAGAAGUACGUCUGUUGGGGGUUCUGUCAACUUGAAUAAAGCUGUUACUGUCACUGGUUCUGUCUCCAAACAAACCACAAAGACUCCAAAAGGUGUUUCUCGCACAACAAACACCAAAAUAGGAACAACUGUUCGUCCCACAAAACGAACACAAGUUCGAGGAAGUGUUGAGAGACGGGAGACCAAUGGGAAAAGAACACAUUCAUACAGUGCUGGUGUUGCUGUGAACCCAACCAAAAAUUCAGAAGUAGCUGUCGAUUACACCAAAGGUCAUGAUGGUCGAAGUGGUGUCAAAGUGAGUGGUAAAAUCAAACGUGGUCGUGUUGAAGCCGCCGGUAGUGUUGAAAUGGGGAAGAGAAGAGGAUAUAGUGGGUCUGUCGCAUAUGAAACAAAAAGAGGAACACGGAUCGAAGGUUCAGUCAGUUCGUCAAAUGCUGGGAAAAAAAGAGAGACAACAGUUGGGGGAAAGGUGUCAACAAAAAUUGGUAAAAAAGGUUCUGGUUAUAUCGGAGUCAGUCAUGGAACUUCUUCAGGAACACAAAUCGAAGCUGGAUAUCGACACCAAUUUAAUGACAGACUCUCUGCUAAUGUAGGGGGGUUCCACAAUUCAAAAACGGGUACUGGGGCAUCGGCUGGUCUUUCUUGGACAUUUUAA